UGCGUCAUAAACCGAAAUCUUUUGUACAUAUCUAUCGGCAAUUUAAAGUAAUCCAAACAAUUGAACCAGUGGGACCGGCGUUAAUUAAAAUAAUGGCUACCAAAAAAGUCGGUGCAUCAUUUGCAAAAUUUGACGCAAAAUUAUCUCUAAAUAAUCCCGUAGAGGAUUAUGUCAAAUUGUUGGAUGAAAAAAUGAAGGCUGAUGUCAUAAUGCCCAAUGAUGUCUACAAUGAAUGCUGGGAAAAAAUAUCUGCCGCUACCAGGGAAACUGUAUGGAAAAUGCUGUUCGAUGAUAAAAGUCCUCCACAAAAAGAACAAUUGGAAAAAGCUGCGGAAUUAUUGAAAAUGCACAAGGAGGAUGCUUGUUUCUAUCAAGCUGCCGAAUACAACAAAUGGAUUGUUACGGUGAGAGAUGAAUUAUUAAAGAGGAAAAUGUUGGAUUUCUGGAAGAAUGAAGUCGUACAAAAAGAAUUGGGACCCUGUUGGGCUAGAGAUUCUGAUCUUUUUGAUGACGUGGAAGAUCCUGAACCAGCUAACUUUUACAAGUAUGGCGAUUGUGAGGCACCUUGGUUAAAAAACAAAGCUGUGGGUGCUGCUCAGAACGCUGCUGAUUUAGUAGCUUCUUCACUGCUACACACAGAGCCGGCAAAAACUGACAAGACCUUAAAAAAAAUAUCUACAGAAACACCAUUAGACGAUUACAAACAUAAUGUGGAAGCUCAGGGCGAAAUUGAUGGUGACGAUGAGGAUGGCUACAAGCAAGUAUUUGCCGAAGCUAGAGAUAUGGUAUGGCAGCUUUUGUUUGGGGAAAAUAAAUUAAGUGCCGAAAACGCUAAAAAAGCCGCUGAACUUUUAGAGGAAUAUAAGCGAGACGCAUGUUUCUAUGGACCCUAUGACUACAAUGAUUGGAUACCAAAAGUGAGAGAUGAACUUUUAAAAAGAAAGUAUUUUGAUUUUUGGCAAGACGUAAUAGUGAAGAAGGAAUUGGGUUUGUGCUGGGCUCGAGAUUCUGACUUUUUCGAUGAUAUGGAAGAUACCAAGCCAAAGGAAUUUUAUAAAGUGGGCGAGGAUUUUAUCAAAAAACAGAAAAAAUAAUUGCUUUUUCAUUUACGAGGCUAGCUAUAGUAAUCUCUUUUUGUUAUACACAUAUAAAUAUUUAUCCCUGUAUUUUAUACACCAGUUAAUAAUAAAUAAACAAUAAAAUUGUUUAAUUAAUAAUAUA